AUGUGCGCAGCUUUCCAGGCCGCGGGCGGGCAGGGGCUGACGAGGCGGCGCGCGCUCUUGUCCGCUCCGCUUCUGCUGUCCAAGAUCCUGGAGUCGUUUGUGUCAAAGCUGGGCAGCCUCAAGGCGGAGAUCCCCGCCCUCAUGGAGACCCCCGGCGACAAGGACAAGGAGGUCAACGACUGCAAGCUCAUCGUGCAGAACAUCGUGUACGGCAUGAAGACGCUGCUCUUCAGCAUACUCUACUGCACACGCAUGGUCAACGCCAUCGCGGCCGCCGGCGCGGGCGGCCCGCCGCCGCCGCCUACGGUCGGGCAGCAGCAGGGCGGCAUGGGCGACAGCGACGUGCGCACGUGCGCGCGACUGCUGACCAACGGGCUGGCCUGCUCCAGGAUCGUCGCGUACUGGGGGGAUUGCAAGGAGUUUUGCGAGCACUUUGCUGAGAUCUUCACGGUCAUGGACGUGAGGGACUUUGUGGACGUCUUCAGCGUGAAGAUGGGGGCCCUGGUGGCCAUGGUGGUGGCCGAGCCGGACGCCAUGAUGGUGGCCACACACCUGGUGCAGAGCCCGGUGGUCGGCAGGUGA